UAAAGGGCGUGGUUGCGACUCACCUGUGUUCCAACUUCCACUGACGGCACUCUGCACCACGAUACCUCGUCCAUCCAAGUCCCUUCUUGAAGACAUCACUAAUGUCGACGCUCUCCGAGCCGUUAUGUUCGUGGAAACGAGACAUGGGAAAAAACCUCUGUUCAUAUUCUAUUCUUAUCGGUUUGUUUUAGCCUUAUCUCAGCCCUGCGGGUAGAGGGAGCUUAUCUCGGCCUUGCUUAUCUGCCAGCUCAAAUUCCCUCCUAUUUCUCUUAAUCUUUCGCCCUUAUCUACGCAAGGUGAAAUUGAAAAUUGGCUAUGCAUCUCCUACCCCGAGAGGCCGAGAAACUACUCCUUCACCAGGCGGGGCAUCUCGCUCAGAAGAGAUUGGCUCGCGGCGUCAAGUUGAACGCGAUCGAGAGUGUAUCAUUGAUUGCUAGCGUGCUUCAGGAAAGAAUCCGAGAUGGCAAAAAUAGCGUUGCUGAAUUGAUGCAACAUGGGAAAAACAUAUUGGGAAUGCGACACGUACUUCCUGGUGUUCCAGAGAUAGUGAAGGAAGUUCAGGUGGAAGGAACAUUUGAGGAUGGCGUCUUUCUGGUAACAGUCCACUCUCCAAUUUGCACCGACUCGGGAAAUAUCGCUGCAGCCCUAUAUGGCUCAUUUCUACCAUUUCCAUCCGAAGAUCUCUUCCCUAUACCACCGCCUCUCCCAGCUCACCAACAACCUGGAGCAAUCAUUCUCUCGCCGAGUCAGUCAACUAUAACUAUCAACGUAGGCAGACAUCGGACAAAAUUACGUGUAACGAACAACGGUGACCGCCCGAUCCAAGUCGGCUCACAUUACCAUUUCAUCGAAACUAACGCCGCUCUAUCUUUUGAUCGAAUAAAGGCCUAUGGAAAGAGACUUGACAUUCCGUCCGGAACGGCAGUUCGUUUCGAGCCCGGAGAAACAAAGAGCGUUGUCCUGGUUGAUAUUGCUGGGAAGCGUGUCAUAUCGGGUGGUAAUAGCAUUGCAAGUGGGUGGGUAAUCGAUCUAUUGGAUGGGUUGACUGGGAAGAUGAGAGAAGAUGAUAUCAUGAGGAGAAUAAUAGAAGGAAACUUUGGACAUGCUUCCGAGCCGGGGGCGUUGGAGGUUACUGAGGAUACCACUAUGGGCAGGGAAGCCUAUGUUGCGAUGUAUGGUCCAACAACUGGCGAUCGAGUGAGACUUGGAGAUACAUGUCUCUGGAUUGAGGUGGAAAAUGAUUGGACUAUUCAUGGAGACGAGGUCAAGUUCGGUGGUGGGAAAACAAUACGAGAGGGAAUGGGCCAAUCAACCAACCGUUCCUGCGGAGAAGCCCUUGACGUUGUCAUCGUCAAUGCACUCAUCAUCAACUGGUCGGGAAUCUACAAAGCAGACAUCGGGAUCAAAAACGGUCUCAUCGUUGCUAUCGGUAAAUCCGGCAACCCAGAUACCCAAGCUGCGGUUCACCCUUCCCUCGUCAUUGGUUCUUCCACGGAUGUCAUCUCCGCUUCAGGGCUUAUCGUCACGCCGGGAGGUAUAGAUGCCCACGUUCAUUUUAUCUGUCCGCAACUUAUCCCGGAAGCGGUGGCGAGCGGUGUCACGACGUUAUUAGGAGGUGGAAAUGGACCUACUGCUGGGACUUGUGCCACUACGUGUUGUUGUGGGGAGAGAGGGAUCAGGGAGAUGAUUGAUGUUGCGGAGGAGGCGGGGUGGCCUCUUAACUGUGGAUUUACGGGUAAGGGGAAUGAUUCUGGGGGCAAAGCACUCGAAGAAACCAUCAAAGCCGGCGCUAUUGGGCUCAAGCUACACGAAGAUUGGGGUACGACCCCUGCAGCGAUUAGGAACUGUUUGGACGUCGCGGAGAAGUAUGAUGUUCAAGUCAAUAUCCAUACAGACACCCUGAACGAAAGCGGUUUUGUUGAGACUACAAUAGCAGCCUUUGAGAACCGAACGAUCCAUACUUACCAUUCUGAAGGUGCUGGUGGAGGCCAUGCACCCGAUAUCAUCACUGUUUGUGGACAAGAAAAUGUUCUCCCGAGUUCAACGAAUCCCACGAGGCCAUUUGCGCGGAAUACCUUGGACGAGCAUCUCGAUAUGCUUAUGGUAUGCCAUCACCUUUCGUCCUCGUUGCCCGAGGACAUUGCAUUCGCAGAGUCGAGAAUCAGGGCUGAAACUAUCGCGGCUGAGGAUGUGCUACAGGAUAUGGGUGCCAUUAGCAUGAUCAGUAGCGAUAGUCAGGCCAUGGGGAGGGUUGGUGAGGUGAUAAGUAGAACUUGGCGUACGGCUGACCGUAUGCGGGGUACCCGUGGACCGUUGGUUGAAUUUGGUGAUGAACCAGUGUACGACCAGGAGAGGGGAGGAAAGGAUAAUGCAAGAGUAAAGAGAUAUGUGGCGAAGUAUACCGUCAAUCCUGCGAUAACACACGGUAUCUCUCACCUCGUGGGUUCUGUGGAGGCAGGGAAACUUGCGGAUCUCGUUCUUUGGAAACCAGAGAACUUUGGUGCAAAGCCGGAGGUUGUUGUCAAGGGUGGAUGCAUCAUUUGGGCACAGAUGGGCGAAGCCAAUGCAUCCAUACCUACCGUGCAACCGGUCUAUGGGAAACCCAUGUUCAACCCUAGAUCCGUUUCUGUGACCUUCGUCUCACAAGCCUCGCUACCCGUUCUGAUUGCUCUCCCUGUCCACGGCAGGAAGAGGAGAUACGAGGCCGUCAAGAAUUGUCGAAAAGUUAAGAAGAGUGAUAUGAAAUGGAACAAUGUAAUACCGAAGGUUGAAGUGGACCCGGAGAAGUAUGAGGUGAAAGUUGAUGGAGAAUUGGUGAGUGGGGAACCCGGCGAAGUUCUGGAAAAGGCGGCGGAGGUCGUGCCGUUGGGAAGAGCGUAUAAUCUGUUCUAAGGAGCCGGGGAAGGAUUUACAUGUGUGCUUAUGUUCCAUUUUUUGAUUUGGUGUUCGGGUUACGGGUGGACGGACAGCUUUGUUCAUGUAUUUUAGUGUCUCGACAUCAUCUUCCUGCUUGGUUCCCGGCUGCACCGUCUUGUCUUGUUUUUCCAUGAAAUAUAUUCUAUACUACUUC